UCCAGGGCUGGCUGCUGCUGCUGCUGCUGCUGCUGCCGCUGCCGCCGCCGCCGCCGCCGCCUGCCUAGUCCUUAAAUGAAGGCUGCGAGGUGCAGGAUAGUAGCAGUGGCGAAAUGCCUGGAGCUGGCCGCGGGCUGCAGUGAUGUUGCAUUGGAAUGAGGAAGUGGAGUGGAGAGGGGAGGGACCGAGAGCGGAGCUGCCUCCUGCCGCCGCGGCUCUGCUGCGAGGUGGAGCAGCAGCACAUGGAGCUGGAGAGGACUGGGAGAGCUGUCUUCUGCCAGCCCCGGCCAAAGCAGGUACCGUACACCGCUCAGCACCGCCGCCGCCGCCGCCGCCGUCGCCGCUUCCGGAGCCUCCCCCGCAGGCGGGCGCUCGGCGGCCAGGAUAACCUGAGGAAAAUGGAAACGGAUGAAGCUCAAGACAUGUCCCAAGUUUCAGGAAAGGAAAGUCCUUCAGGAAGUGAUGUACCUGAUGAUUCAGAUGAACCUAUGCCUGUGCCAGAAGAUCUUUCUACCACUUCAGGAGGACAGCAGAAUUCUAAGAAUGAAAGAGUUUUGGCCAGUAAUGUUAAAAUAGAGACUCAGAGUGAUGAAGAGAAUGGGCGUGCCUGUGAAAUGAAUGGGGAAGAAUGUGCGGAGGAUUUACGAAUGCUUGAUACCUCGGGAGAGAAAAUGAAUGGUUCACACAAUGGCCAAGGCAGCAAAGCUUUGUCAGGAGUUGGAGGCAUUCGACUUCCUAACGGAAAGCUAAAAUGUGAUAUCUGUGGGAUCAUUUGCAUCGGUCCUAAUGUGCUCAUGGUUCACAAAAGAAGCCACACUGGAGAACGCCCUUUCCAGUGCAAUCAGUGUGGUGCCUCUUUUACUCAGAAAGGCAACCUCCUCCGUCAUAUCAAGUUGCAUUCUGGUGAGAAGCCCUUCAAGUGUCAUCUCUGUAACUACGCAUGCCGCAGGAGGGAUGCCCUCACAGGUCACCUGAGGACUCAUUCGGUUGGUAAACCUCACAAAUGUGGAUAUUGUGGCCGAAGCUAUAAGCAGCGAAGCUCUUUAGAGGAGCAUAAAGAGCGCUGCCACAACUACUUACAAAGCAUGGGCCUCCCAGCCACUCUGUACCCAGUCAUUAAAGAAGAAACCAACCAUAGUGAAAUGGCCGAAGAUUUGUGCAAGAUUGGAUCUGAGAGAUCCCUCGUGCUGGAUAGACUAGCAAGUAACGUCGCCAAACGUAAGAGCUCUAUGCCUCAGAAAUUUGUGGGUGAGAAAUGCUUGCCAGAUAUCCCAUAUGAUGCCAGUGCCAAUUAUGAGAAGGAGAAUGAAAUGAUGCAGACCCAUGUCAUGGAUCAGGCUAUUAACAAUGCCAUCAGCUACCUAGGGGCUGAAUCUUUGCGCCCACUGGUGCAAACGCCCCCAGGCAGCUCCGAAGUUGUACCAGUUAUCAGCUCCAUGUACCAGCUCCACAAACCCCAUGCCGAUGGCCAUCCACGCCCGAACCACACAGCCCAGGACAGCGCCGUGGAGAAUCUGUUACUGCUCUCUAAGGCUAAAUCCAUCUCCUCGGAAAGAGAUGCCUCCCCAAGCAACAGCUGCCAAGACUCCACAGACACAGAGAGUAAUAAUGAGGAGCGGAGUGGCCUCAUUUACCUGACAAACCACAUAAACCCACAUGCCAGAAAUGGUUUGUCCAUAAAAGAAGAACACAGGCCCUAUGACGUCCUGAGGGCAGCAACUGACAAUUCCCAAGACGCUUUCAAAGUGAUCAGCAACAGUGGGGAGCCGAUGAAGGUCUAUAAAUGUGAACACUGCAGGGUCCUUUUUUUGGACCAUGUGAUGUACACCAUCCACAUGGGUUGCCAUGGCUUCCGUGAUCCUUUUGAAUGCAACAUGUGUGGCUAUCACAGUCAGGACAGGUAUGAAUUCUCUUCUCACAUUACACGAGGGGAGCACCGUUUCCACAUGAGUUAAAACACCCUUCUGUGCUAAUGUAAUGUGAGGGUUGAAUGUCUAGAGUUGCAUGAACAUCGACGCAUACCAAAAACUAAAAACAAAAA